UACCCGCACGAUUAUUCAUUAGUUUUCUUCUUCGUCUUCUCACUCUUCGGCAACGACUCCAUCAUUUCAUACAGUCUCUGUCCCUUUUCAUGCGAUAAUGAUUGAACAAAUUCGAAUCCCCUUUUGAUUUUUCUUUCCCUUUCAAUUCUUCGGUCAAUUAAUUUCCCGAACCAAGCAAAAAGUCUUAAUCUUUUUCACGAUGCAGCAGUCGCAGAGGUGGAAGUGGAACAAGAAGAAAACCCAUGUUCCUGCGCUGGUGUUCUUCUUCUUUCUGUUCAUAGUUUUCUCGAAUCUCCACAGCCAACGCAGAAUUCUGCAAAUUCAAGAGAGCCCUGAUCGCGUUUAUCACCGUCAAGAUUCAGUCACUUUUGUAAAGCCAAAUCUUUUCACCCAGCAAAACCAUGCUCCAGAGGUUUUGGAUAGAUUCAGUACAUGCAACUCCACCAGAGAGUACAGUGGUCAGAAAAUUCUGUGGACUGACCGGACGCCGGAGUACGGUCACCGGAGAGAGAGUUUGGAGAGGUGUGAUGUGUUUUCCGGCAAAUGGGUGUUUGAUAAUGCAUCGUAUCCGCUGUACAAGGAGUCGGAGUGCCCUUACAUGUCGGACCAGUUGGCCUGUCACAAGCAUGGGAGGCCUGAUUUGGGGUACCAAUACUGGAGAUGGCAACCCCACAAUUGCAACUUGAAGAGAUGGAAUGUGACUGAAAUGUGGGAGAAGUUGAGAGGCAAAAGGCUAAUGUUUGUAGGGGAUUCAUUAAACCGAGGGCAAUGGAUAUCAAUGGUCUGUUUGUUACAUUCUCUGAUUCCUUCAGAUAAGAGAUCAAUGUCACCGAACGCUAAACUUACUAUUUUCAAAGCAGAGGAAUAUAAUGCUACUGUGGAAUUUCUCUGGGCUCCGCUUCUUGUAGAAUCUAAUUCUGAUGAUCCAGUGAAUCACCGAACAUCCGAUCGGAUAAUCCGACCAGAUUCAGUUCUUAAGCAUGCAUCAAUAUGGGAGAAUGCUGAUAUAUUGAUAUUCAAUUCCUACCUGUGGUGGAGACAAGGCCCAGUUAAGCUGAUAUGGAGCGCGGAAGCAAACGGUGUUUGUGAAGAAGUAGACGGCCUUGGAGCCAUGGAGUUGGCCAUGGAGGCUUGGGCAGACUGGGCUUCUAAGGUCAAUCCCCUCAAGAAGCAGGUCUUCUUCGUCACAAUGUCUCCUACACAUCUCUGGAGUCGAGAAUGGAAACAAGAAAGUGAAGGUAAUUGUUACAGUGAGAAAUCCCCCAUCGACUUGGAGGGCUACUGGGGAAGUGGUUCUGACCUGCCUACCAUGAGCAUGGUGGAGACGGUCCUCAGCAAGUUGAGUUCCAAGGUUUCUGUUAUCAACAUUACCCAAUUAUCGGAGUAUCGGAAAGAUGGUCACCCUUCCAUUUACCGCAAAUUCUGGGAGCCACUGAAGCCUGAACAAUUGUCUAACCCCACGAGUUACUCGGAUUGCAUACACUGGUGCUUGCCUGGUGUACCUGACGUAUGGAACGAGUUGCUAUUCCAAUUCUUGUAAACGAACGUAUAAUUUUUUCGAGGCAAUCUUAGUGGUUUCAUACAACAGAUUGCCUUGUCUUCUCAGCUCAUGAGCAUUGCGAACCGGACCGUCAACCGUCAAUGCUUUUGUUACGUAAUUCGAUUCUUUGAAAAUAUAGUGCUUGUAUUCACUUUGUAUCUACUUUGUUCUUGCAAUAUUAGAUCCAUGCUUGCUGGGAA